AUUUUUUUACAUUUCUUGCUUGGAUCACCUUUAAUUUACGUUUUAACUUUAUGUUAACUUAAAAUAAUAUAUUACUGCGUUCCUAGAGUCCCCAAAACUAGUUCCUACGUGACUUCUGGUAACUUCAUAGCUCAAAGCCGAACACCAUGGCAGCCACCGGCAACCCGUACGAGAAACUGUUGAAAACUAUGAACAUCAAUGGAAAAAGGUUUAAAUAUUAUGACAUCAGCGUUUUGGGCGAGAAAUAUGACCGGCUGCCCUUCAGCAUCAGGGUUCUCUUAGAGUCCUGCGUUCGGAACUGCGAUAACUUUCAAGUGCUAGAGAAGGAUGUCAAGAAUGUGCUCGACUGGGAAUCCAACCAGAAUGUCCAGGGUGGUGUGGAGAUCGCGUUUAAACCUGCUAGAGUUAUAUUACAAGAUCUGACAGGAGUUCCAGCGGUUGUGGACUUUGCAGCGAUGCGUGACGCUGUGAAGGGCUUAGGGGGUAACCCGGACAAGAUCAACCCAAUAUGUCCAGCGGAUCUGGUCAUAGACCACUCCGUGCAAGUGGAUUUCGCUAGAAUGCCAGAUGCAUUGAACAAGAAUCAAGAAUUAGAAUUUGAGAGGAACAAAGAAAGAUUUCAGUUUUUGAAGUGGGGUGCCCAGGCUUUUGACAAUAUGCUGAUUGUUCCUCCAGGCUCUGGUAUUGUCCAUCAGGUUAACCUGGAAUACUUGGCCCGUGUGGUGUUCACUGGUGAUGUACUGCAUCCUGACUCCGUGGUGGGGACAGACAGCCAUACCACCAUGAUCAAUGGCCUGGGAGUUGUUGGAUGGGGAGUGGGAGGUAUUGAAGCAGAGGCAGUGAUGUUAGGUCAAGCCAUAAGUAUGCUGUUACCCAAAGUGGUGGGGUACAAGCUUGUGGGAGAGCUGGACCCCCUGACGACCUCCACUGACUUAGUGCUUACUAUCACCAAGCACCUCCGUUCUCUGGGCGUGGUUGGUAAAUUCGUGGAGUUCUUCGGGCCAGGCGUGGAAGCUUUGAGCAUCGCAGACAGAGCCACGGUCGCCAACAUGUGUCCCGAGUUCGGUGCAACGGUGGCUCACUUUCCCGUCGACGAGAGAUCUCUGCAGUACUUGAGCCAGACUAAUCGAUCGGCGGACAAAAUCAAAAUCAUCGAAGAGUAUCUCAGGGCUACAAAGCAAUUUAGGGACUAUAGCAACCCAGCUCAAGACCCUAUAUUCUCUGAGGUGGUCGAACUUGACUUGUCCACUGUGGUGACGUCAGUGAGUGGACCAAAGCGACCACAAGACCGAGUCUCUGUCUCUGUCAUGAAGAAAGACUUCCAGGACUGCCUUACUAACAAGGUGGGCUUCAAAGGCUACGGGCUAUCUCCAGCGCAGCUAGCAACAUCAGGCAGCUUCUCAUUCAGCGAUGGGAAGACUUACUCGAUAACGCACGGAUCCGUCAUCAUCGCUGCCAUCACGUCCUGUACCAAUACCUCCAACCCCAGCGUCAUGCUUGGUGCCGGCAUGUUAGCAAAGAAGGCGGUAGAAAAUGGCCUCUCAGUGCUACCUUACAUCAAGACUUCCCUGUCGCCUGGCUCGGGGGUUGUCACUUAUUACUUAAGGGAAUCUGGAGUGGUUCCGUACCUGGAGAAGCUUGGGUUCGACAUAGUCGGCUACGGGUGUAUGACUUGUAUUGGCAACUCAGGUCCCAUAGAUGAUAACAUCGCCAACACCAUUGAAAAGAACGAGCUGGUCUGCUGCGGAGUUCUGUCAGGCAAUAGAAACUUUGAGGGUCGCAUCCACCCCAACACUAGGGCCAAUUACCUGGCGUCACCUUUGUUAGUCAUAGCUUACGCUUUGGCUGGCACUGUUGACAUUGACUUUGAGACGGAACCGCUGGGCAAACGCGCGGAUGGUUCUCCAGUGUUCCUGCGUGAGAUUUGGCCCACGAGAGCUGAAAUACAGGAGGUUGAGAACAAGUACGUCAUUCCGGGAAUGUUCAAAGAGGUAUAUGAGAAGAUAGAAGAAGGCUCAGCUACAUGGCAGGCUUUGGAUGUGCCUAAAGGAAAGUUGUAUGGAUGGGACCCUGAAUCCACUUAUAUCAAGAGACCACCAUUCUUUGAUGGUAUGACCAAGGACCUACCACCAAUUCGUAACAUCGAAAACGCUCGUUGUCUUCUUCUACUGGGUGACUCUGUGACCACAGACCACAUCUCGCCCGCUGGAUCCAUCGCCAGAAACUCGCCUGCUGCUCGAUUCCUCGCCGACAGAGGGCUAACACCUCGUGAGUUCAACUCGUAUGGCUCUCGCCGCGGCAAUGACGCGGUGAUGUCGCGCGGCACCUUCGCGAACAUUCGACUCGUCAACAAAAUGGCACCGUCUCCUGGACCCCGCACCGUCCACCACCCUUCAUUACAAGUAAUGGAUAUAUUCGACGCGGCUGACAGAUACGCAAAGGAAAACGUGUCGCUCAUAGCGAUAGUGGGGAAGGACUACGGAUCGGGAUCCAGCCGAGACUGGGCCGCUAAAGGACCCUUCCUGUUGGGCAUAAGAGCUGUGAUAGCAGAAUCCUUCGAAAGGAUCCAUCGCUCUAACCUCGUCGGUAUGGGCAUAAUGCCCUUGGAAUUCCUGCCCGGGCAAAACGCGGAUUCCCUAGGCUUGACCGGGGCAGAACAGUACACUAUUAAAGUACCUGAAGACUUGGCGCCACAACACUUACUUACUGUACAGGUGGACAAUGGUACAUCAUUCCAAGUCAAAGUGCGAUUCGACACUGAGGUGGAUUUAACCUAUUACAGAAAUGGAGGUAUUUUGAACUAUAUGAUUAGAAAGAUGUUGUAAUUAUAGUUUACAAUCGCAACCUUUAGCACGAGUUAUUUUCGUUUUCGUAAACGAAAUUCUAGGUUACUAGAUGAACUAUGUUGUUCUUACUCCUUUGGGUUAGUACCGGAUUUUAUAUUUUACCAACAUUCAUAGAUUUCGAGCAUUGAAACACUUCAGUGUUAAAAUAAAACGGCUAUAGCUGUUUGUUUGGGGGCCCUGAGGAUAUAGGUUUUAGAGUAUCUGCAUCUUUUUCUUUUUAAUAUUGCUAAAAAGGGACGGAACAUGGAUUUUACAUUUAAAGCCUAAAUUUUAUUAGUGUACAGUAUACACUACUGUUCAAACCCCACCCGUUGGACUAUUGUCGUGCCCAAACCUAGUACAAGCUUAGUUGGAGGGAAAGGGGAAUGUUAGUCAUGAUUAAAAUGACUAAUAUUCUUAGUAAAAAAAAACUGUCAAACUGUGUCUGUCCUUUUCAUAAUACAUUAGUAAGAAGAGGAUGCGAAUACUUUAAAAUAUUGUUGUGCUCAGAAACCGUACCAUUGUCUCGCUCGUUGACGAUCGAAUUCUAUCAACGUUGUCGAGAUAGAAAAUCUUAUACUAAGCACACUGCUUAGUUGGAUAAGGCUAAUGUUAUAUUUUUUAAGUUUUUUUGGAAAUGGGUUAGUUGUUUUUUUUUGUUUUUAUUUAUUUGGGUUAGGGGUUGUAUUUAAUGUUUGUAUUUAGUAAAGGGGCUUAAGUAAGUUUUUAUAUUACGCGAAUUGGCUUAGCGAUUUUUUUUUUUAAAUCUUUAUUUAAAGAGAUUAUUCGCUGGGCGAAUAUGCCUCUCUAUAUAGCUGCAAUAUAAUGCAUUCUAAAUCAAAAUUAAAUUAAAGAAAUUGAUAUGUUAGGGCGGUUACGCACUCAUCCGAUCAGAGUCCGUGAAAAUACGUUCCGAAGUAGUCGUAGAACUAUUUGUAUGGCAGCUCACGCACUAGCUCCGACUUCCGUCAUCCGAGUUCUCUCCGUCAUCCGUGAGAAUAUUUCGGAUGUGCCUCGGAUUCAAAUCGGACGUAUGACGUAGAUAUGUCAAAGAUGUCCAUUGAAUAGCUUGGAUGUGGAUUAGAGAUCGGAUUAGUGCGUAAGCAAUAUCUGAGUUCAGUCCGACUUUUUAAUAUGUAUAUCCGUAUUUUUACGGACGGAUCGGAUAAGUGCGUAACCGCUCUUACAGAACCCGUUUUCAGUUAAAACUAGUUUUAAGUAGUAAAAACUAAUUUUAAUCACACAUAUUUAUCUAAUUAUGUUCGCUAACUGAUAGCGUGACAGGCUGACUCACUGACUGACUGUUUUCUUUAAAUAAGCUUAGCCAGAAGACUCGCUCCGUCGUCCCUUCAUUCAGCUUUACCCACUCGACCUUCGUUUCGCUAUAGAUGUCGCGGUGCUUAGAUAUUGUUCUAAGCUAAUUGAAUAAUUCUAGUUUUUACUAGUUAAAACUAGUAGUAACGAAACUUUGUCAAAACAAAUUUUUACUAGUACAAGUUGAAAACAGGUUUUUUGCUAUGACAAAA